ACGGAAAAAAAUCGGUUUUGAGGGAAAGAGGGAAACGACGUCGCAUGGCUUAAAGGGUUGGAAGGCUGAAUUGCUGGCUUGAUCUGAACCGUUCAAUAGUCUUAUUAAUGCGUUGUCAGAUUUGUGUGAAAAGAUGGGAUAGAUCUUUGGAGAGAGAGAUGUGAAGAGGAUCCGGGGCCGCUGUGGACGGGUUUGUUUGAAAAACAGAAGAAAGGACCCAAUUGGUUAGAGGAAUUUACCAAGAGAGACAGACAUCAGUGAAAGUGAAAGGGGCAGAGUUUUAUGAAUGCUAUCAAAUGGACCAUGAAACCUCGACAGUUAUUUUCCCUCCAAAAGAACCCGCUCCCCCAACUACUUUACCGUCCCUUUAAACGCUUCAUCCAAACCUCACCUGAGUAUUCCUUUGACCAAAACACCACACCCAAGUCACACUUAAUUGAAAAAAGCAACAACUUCACACCCACCACGUCCAUUUCCUACUCAAAGCUGCUAUCAAACUGCUGCCAAACCAAGUCUCUUAUUCCAGGUCUACAAACCCAUGCCCACAUUACCCGGAUCGGGUUAUCAAACGACAAGAACCUGCGAAACCAUUUGGUUAAUUUGUACUCCAAGUGUGGGGCUUUUGGGUAUGCACGUAAACUGAUCGAUGAAUGUCCUGAACCAGAUUUGGUCUCUUGGUCUGCUUUGGUAUCUGGGUAUGCUUGGAAUGGGUUUGGCAAGGAAGCCCUAUUGGCUUUCCGCGAAAUGCACUUGUUGGGUCUUCGGUGUAAUGAGUUCACUCUCCCAAGUGUGCUCAAGGCAUGCUCAAUCACAAAGGGUUUGAUGCUAGGGAAGCAAGUUCAUGGGCUUGUCAUGGUAACAGGGUUCGAGUCGAAUGUUUUCAUCGCGACUACUUUGGUUGUGAUGUAUGCGAAAUGUGGUGCACUAGAGGAUUCAAGGAUAUUGUUCGAUUUGAUGCCGGAAAGAAACGUUGUUUCUUGGAACGCGUUGUUUUCUUGUUAUGUGCAGAGUGAUAUAUUUGAGGAAGCAUUGGGUUUGUUUCGAGAAAUGAUCUUAAGAGGAAUAAGACCAGAUGAGUAUAGUUUGUCGUGUAUAUUGAAUGCUUGUACAGGGAUGGGGGAUAUCAAUCAAGGGAAAAGAAUUCAUGGGGAUUUGAUAAAACGGGGGUAUGAUUCUGAUCCAUUCUCUGCAAAUGCACUUGUUGACAUGUAUGCAAAAGGUGGAGAUCUUCAAGACUCAAUGGCUGUUUUUGAAGGAAUUGGAAAGCCUGAUAUUGUCAGUUGGAAUGCUAUUAUUGCUGGUUGUGUUCUUCAUGAGUACCAUGAUUGGGCUUUAAAAUUGUUUAGGCGGAUGAAAAAUUCAGGAACUUGCCCAAAUAUGUUCACCUUGUCGAGCGCUCUAAAAGCCUGUGCUGGAUUAGGACUCGAAAAGUUGGGUAGACAGUUGCACUCGGUUUUGCUAAAUAUGAAUAUUAAAUCGGAUCCAUUUGUGAGUGUCGGCCUUAUCGACAUGUAUUGCAAAUCUGGUUUGUUGGAGGAAGCAAAGGCGGUUUAUUGGCUGAUGCUGCAAAAGGACUUGGUAGCAUUGAAUGCCAUUAUAUCUGGACUGUCACAGAAAGGGGAAGAGAUAGAAGCUCUUUACCUUUGUAGUGAUAUGUAUAAAGAAGGAAUAGGAUUGAACGAGACAACUAUGUGUGCAAUCCUCAACUCCACAGCUAGCUUGCGAGCGGUCAACAUUUGCAAACAAGUUCAUGCACUUUCUGUAAAAUCGGGUCUUCAAUCUGACGUCUAUGUUUCAAACAGCCUCAUUGAUUCGUACGGGAAGUGUGAAAAUGCAGAAGACGCAUGUAAAGUUUUUGAAGAGUGCCCAUUUGGUGAUUUGGCAUCUUUUACUUCGAUGAUUGCAUCUUAUGCUCAAUGUGGAAAAGGAGAAGAAGCUCUAAAGCUUUAUAUCAAGAUGCAAGAUAUGGAGCUUAAGCCAGAUCCAUUUGUUUGUAGUUCCCUUCUUAAUGCCUGUGCUAAUCUAUCUGCUUACGAACAAGGGAAACAAAUUCAUGUCCACAUCUUAAAAUUCGGAUUCAUAUCGGAUGGUUUUGCUGGAAAUUCUCUUGUCAAUAUGUAUGCCAAGUGUGGAAGUGUAGAUGAUGCUGGUCGAGCUUUUUCAGAGAUACGCGAUAGAGGCAUUGUCUCGUGGUCUGCUAUGAUUGGUGGACUUGCUCAACAUGGGCAUGGAAAAGAAGCUCUCAAUUUGUUCAAUGAGAUGCUUAAAAAUGGCAUCUCCCCAAAUCAUGUAACUUUAGUUAGUGUCCUCUAUGCAUGCAAUCAUGCUGGCUUGGUAACCGAAGCAAAAAAAUACUUUGAGUCAAUGAAAGAGUCAUUUGGGAUUGAGCAAACGCAAGAGCAUUAUGCUUGCAUGAUUGAUCUACUUGGUCGAGCUGGAAAAUUGGACGAGGCAAUGGAUCUUGUGAAUAAGAUGCCAUUUGAAGCCAAUGCUUCUGUUUGGGGGGCUUUACUUGGUGCGGCGAGGAUUCAUAAAAAUAUUGAGCUUGGUCGACGUGCUUCUGAGAUGCUUUUCACACUCCAACCAGAAAAAUCCGGCACUCAUGUUCUUUUGGCAAAUAUUUAUGCAUCGAAUGGAAUGUGGGAAAACGUGGCAAAGGUGAGAAGACGUAUGAAAGAGAGCAAUGUGAAAAAGGAACCAGGGGUAAGUUGGAUGGAGGUGAAAGACAAAGUACACACGUUUAUUGUCGGAGACAGGAGCCAUUCUAGAAGUGGAGAGAUAUAUGCAAAGCUUGAUGAGCUGAGGGAUCUGAUGAAUAAAGCUGGGUAUGUUCCUAUGGUAGAGAUUGACCUCCACGAUGUUGAAGAAAGUGAGAAGGAGCUUCUUCUUUUUCACCACAGUGAGAAGCUUGCUGUGGCUUUUGGGCUAAUUGCCACUCCGCCAGGAGCUCCCAUUAGGAUUAAGAAGAAUCUUCGAGUCUGCUUGGAUUGCCAUACCGCAUUCAAGUUCAUUUGUAAAAUUGUUUCAAGGGAAAUCGUCGUUAGGGACGUAAAUCGGUUCCACCAUUUCAGAGAUGGCUUAUGUUCUUGUGGGGAUUAUUGGUAGGAUUUGUGUUUUUGAUUGAAUUUCCAAAACCAGAUGCUGAAGACACGUCAAGGAGCCGAGGUUUAUAUCAUUGAUAGGUUGCCGACACCAUGUGGAUUAGUCCGCUCCAGUGUGGCAUUGGAUCAUCCCAAAACCAAGUUCUUAAUGAAUUCAUGUAGUGCUCUUAAUUGAGCUUAGUUUACCAGAAAACUUGCAACAGUUUGUGACCAACCAGUUUUCUCGGGUUGCUCAAACCGGACGAUGCUCCUUCACUGGAAAUGGGUCACUUGAGUCUUCUGUAUCUUUGUCUGAGCUCAGGGAGAUAUAUUAUGUGGUAAGGUUGUGCUUGCCUAUGGAGCUGAAAGUGAUCGAGUUAUUAGUAUUCCUGGAGAAGAUUUGUCAGGGAUACACUUGGGCGGAGAAUUUGUUUGGUGGUAUAAUGGGCACCCUUACUACGGACAUUUUGCUCUGGACCUGAAGAGCUCUGAUGCAGCGGUUAUUAUUGGUCAGGUCUGCUUGGGAAGCUGUGAGGACUAAAUUUCCAGUGCAGCCUUGGGCAAAGGUGGUUUGGUUCAAGAAAAACUAUCCAUGCUGGGCAUUUAUUCUUUGGCUAGCUGCUCAAGGGAAGCUGAAUACUAAAGACAGGUUACAUAAAUGGGGGAUGACUGCGGAUGAAAUCUGUCCUUUGCGUAGUAGAGAACAAGAAACUCACAAGCACCUGUUUUUUGGCUGCUCUUUUUCCAAAGAUGUGUGGUCUGCAAUAUGGAACAAGUCUUCCUCUGUUUGUGGGCCUAACUCUCUGGAUGAACCCACAUUAUGUCAUCCAAAGAUAUGGAGUUUGGGGUGGUGCAUGGUGGUCCAAAUGUAAAACUUAGUUUAUAUUUGGUACUUUUGAAGUAGUGAUUAAGUUUCUUCUUUUGUAGGCAAGAUCUGAGCUUCGACACAACGCUGCUACAGUGCAAGUUCCUAUUGGAUGGAAGAUGACUUUCAGGGUCUCGUUGACAUUGUGCAGUCAAAAUCUUAUUAUUUUCAUGGUUCCAUGAAAAAAUACUCACCCGAAGAAGUACCUCCAAAUAUG